AAUAAACGACACCGUUUAAUAACGCAGCUAACGACAUCAUCGCCUCCGACGAGAGAAAGGUUCGCUAGGUCUUUUCUGCGGCAGCAAUGGCGGCGAGAGGUGCUCUGCUUAAAUACCUUAGAGUCAAUGUCACACCUUCUCUUCAACUCUCAAGCAGUAUCUCUUCCCCUCCUUUGUACGUUCUUCUUCGUCGUUUCUCUGAAGAAGUCAGAGGAUCAUUUCUCGACAAAUCCGAAGUCACAGAUCGCGUUCUCUCUGUCGUCAAAAACUUCCAAAAGGUUGAACCUUCUAAGGUGACACCAAAGGCGCAUUUCAACAAUGAUCUAGGUUUGGAUAGUUUGGACACUGUGGAGGUGGUUAUGGCAUUGGAAGAGGAGUUUGGAUUCGAGAUACCCGAUAACGAAGCUGAUAAGAUACAGUCGAUUGAUCUCGCUGUUGACUUCAUUGCUUCACACCCGCAGGCAAAAUGAGCUAGAAGAUAUUCUUUGCCAGAAAGAUACAUUUCCAAAAUCGAAGCCAUUGCGAAGAAGAUUGUGAAGUUUUAGUUUUGCGUAUUUAGUUUUGCGUAGCUUUGUUAUUGUUUAUGAUUUUGUUAUGGAAAUAAUGAACUUCUAUCUUAACU